AUGGAAGGCUCGCCCGCCGACUCAGCCGCUGUUUUGGCGUUGAGGGAAACAUUCGGUGAUCGCAAACCACCAGACAUCACCCGCAAAAUCACCGCCUGCGUAGCAUGUCGCAAACAAAAGAUCAAAUGCCACAUGGGCCCCCACGGGCAACCGCCCUGCACGCGCUGCAAGAAGCGCGGCCUCUCAUGCACCGUCAACAAAAGCCUGCAAAUGAUUCUGGAAAGUGACGCGAGCUGGAAGCACAUUGUCGAUCGCAAGAUUCGAAUCUUGGAAACGGCACUCGGCAAAGUGGCGAAUCAUCUUGCGCUGCCGGAUGUUAUUGAUGAGGCUAUUGAGCAGGAUGAAGAGAAUGGAGAGGAUGGGGAUCUGGUGCAGGGUGCGUCGUUGGUGCCUACGCCGCCGGUGAUGAGGGCGGGCACUGCGACGCAGAUUUCACCACAGGCGGAGAAGCAUACGCCGUUGAAAUUUGAGGUUGUCAUGGAUCCGGACUCGGGACCUGCGGCGAUUCCGGGGAGUGUGGUGUCGCCUAUUGCGAUCCCCGGGCUGGAGACGAAUAGAGCUGAUCAGGAUAUUAUCACGAGGGGAGUGAUUAGUCUGGAAGCGGCGCAGAGGUAUCUGGACGUUUAUCAAAACCGUCUAGAUCACUUCCUCUAUCGUAUUAUUGGCGAUAGGAGGGACAUGGUGGAGGUCCGGACCGCAUCCCCUCUAUUACUUGCGGCUAUAUGUGCUGUGGGCGCGCUACAUUUGGCUACAUCGGACUUUGAGAAGUGCUAUCAGGAGUUUGCUUCCAUAGCAGCUUCCCAAACCUUUUCCCGGCGCAACACAGUGGACGACAUCCGAGGCCUCUGCGUUGCGGCUUUCUGGCUUAGUGGGAUCUCAUGGACGUGCGUCGGCGCAGCUGUCCGUAUAGCCACAGAGAUACAGCUACAUCGAAGUAUCUUCCAAGCUCUGAAGGGUGACAGGACACACUAUCAGCGCACACGACUAUACUACUUGGUUUUCGUGUGCGAUCAUCACUUCUCUGUGGCGUAUGGAAGACCACCAAUGACAAGGAGAGACGAUGCGAUCCGGGCAUGCAUGCAAUUUCUGGAGACCGAGAACGCUGUCGAAGAUGAUCAGCGACUGAUAUCGCAAGUCCAGUUCUGGUCGGUAGGAUCUGACAUUUACGAAACGUUCGGCAUCGAUGUGGAGCGGCCACUUGAUUCGAGCAUGAUCGAACCACUGCGGCGAUUCAGCAUCUCGCUCGACUCGAUUCGCAACGAGUGGACCAGACGAUUCCGACUUAACGAGUAUGUUGGCGACUAUCCCAGGAAAGGUGUUGGCCUCCACUACCAUUUUGCCAAGCUCUACUUGUUCUCCAUGGCGUUCCGGGGGAUUGGCAAGCCUGGAUUCAAAGCUCCAGAUGUCGCCCUUGACAUUGAUGAAAGCGCAAACACUGCUGUACUAUCAGCCACAGCCAUCCUGCGAGCUGUCAACGAUGACGAAGAGAUUCAAGGAUUCCUCAACGGCUUACCAUCAUACUUCGACCUGAUGAUCGCCUUCGCCGUAGUGUUCGUCCUGAAGGUAGCGACAAAGUACGCGGCGUCCGUCCGAGUCGACACGAGCGAGAUCCGCAGUCUUGUUGAAGAGCUUGUCGUCGUCCUCAAGAGGAUCACGUCCAACAUGCAUCCCCGGCAUUUGCUCGUCAGCGUUGCCAAAGGUGCCGAGAAUCUGCUUGAACGAUGCUGCCCGCAAGAAGUCCACGGUCCAGUCCCGUCGAACGCUCAUGUGACCAUGAAUGAGCCCAACUUCGACCAGAACCUGUUCGAUAUGUCGGUGGAUGACUGGAAUGGGACGUCGUUCAACAACUUCUUCAUGCAUGAGUUUGACUUUCUCACUAAUCAGGGCCAGAUGAAUGGGUUCCAGCAGCCUGAUGUUAAUUGGGCUAAUAUGCAGCAGAUGCAAUGA